AUGGGAGCGGGUGAUCACCGGAUGAACGAUACAAUUGAGGCCAAAGAUGUCCUCAAACGCGUUCCGGUGACAAAACCUCCAUUCGAGAUUAGCGAUCUCAAGAAAGUGAUACCACUUCAUUGUCACGAACGCAAUCUCACACGUUCUCUCUACUUCCUUUUUCGUGACUUGUUCUCUUGCUUCACGCUAUACCAAAUCGCAUCAAACUACAUUCCUAUUCUUCCUAAACCCCUAAAUUACUUAGCGUGGCCAAUUUAUUGGUUCUGCCAAAGUUGUGUUUAUAUCGGGCUAUGGACCAUUGGUCACGAUUUGGGUCAUGAUAGUUUUAGUGAGUACAAUUGGCUUAAUAACACACUUGGUUUUUUUCUCCAUUCAUUUCUUCUUAGUCCAUACUUCUCCUUCAAAUAUAGUCAUCGUAGCCACCACGCACACACCGGUUCAAUAGAGUAUGAUUUGGUAUGGGUCCCAAAAAGGAAAUCGGAUGCCCUUUUUUCAGAAGUUCUCAACAAUCCUGUAGGGAACUUUUUCUUGAUGUGCCUUAGGUUACUUAUUGGCGUCCCGUUGUACUAUACCUUCAAUCUUAAUGGAAGAAAAUACAAUACUUUUGCAAGUCAUUUUUACCCUAAAAGUCCUAUGUUUAAUGAUAGCGAACGCAAAUUAGUUUGGCUAACUGAUGCCGGAUUAGUUAUAACUUGCUACGCAUUUUACAAAGUUGUCACGGCCAAUGGCACAUCAUGGUUUUUUUGCAUUUAUGGUAUACCUUGGAUGAUAAUGAACGCGCAAUUCGCACUCAUCACUAUGAUGAACCAUUUUCAUCCAGCACUGGCUCACUACGACUCGAAGGAGUGGGAUUGGCUAAGAGGGGCUUUAUCAACGGUUGAUAGAGAUUUCGGCCGGAUUUUAAACAAUGUUUAUCAUGACAACCCUUGUGGGCAUGUGGUGCAUCAUUUGUUUUCAAAAAUCCCUCAUUAUCAUCUUGUGGAGGCAACCAAGGCUAUCAAACCCGUUCUAGGUGACUAUUACAAAUAUGAUGAUACCGCGAUAUUAAAGGCUUUCUGGAGAGAAUCAAUGAACUGCAUUUACGUCGAACCAGAUGAAGUUACGGAGAAAAGUGGUGUGUAUUGGUUCCGCAAGUAG